AACUUCUGUCAACAACAGUAUGGGCAUGAAGCUGAAUCUUCCUAUCAAUGUCCCGGCUAGCAUGUCGAGUCUGCCUACCAUAAAGUUCUAUCUUCAUAUUGCUCAGGUCGCCCUGACACUUAUGACGAUCAUUCUCGUCGCUCCUGUCAUCAGUAUCGAAGCAAAAUACUGGGGAGGAAGUAAAGCAGCCCCAAACUGGACACUCGUCGUCGGUAUCUUGACACUUCUUGUGCCUGUAGGCAUGGUAUAUUUCCCUUGGGCGUAUGAUCGACAGGAUAAAUUCAAGGUCCUGGGAAAGUUCUUUUUGAAGUCUCGUUCAGCGCUUGUCUUGACUGUCUUCAACUCGUUUCUAUGGCUAACCGCAGCUCUUGCAAUGACGGUCCAUAGCACUGAGGCUGUCAACUGCGCUCUGGACGGUGAUCUGGAAAAGUCAGACGGCUCAUACGCGGCUUCAUGGGCGAAUCAGUGUAAUUGCGGCAAGGCUACAGCGGCGUUUGCUUGGUUCACAUCUUUUGCCUGGCUUGGAACUGUGGUCAUCACUGGCCUGGUCAUGUACAGCGAGAAGCAGCAAAUUCAGCAAAAUUUGAAAAACCAUGAAAUGGACGCGGCUGCAGACAGACAUGAUGAUCCAGUUGAUCCAUCCUAUCGCACGUACGAUGAAGAAGCUGAUUAUCAGCCCACGCAUAUGGGUAACACGGAGAGUAUGCCUCUCAACAGCCCCCCAGAUAUGCAUCAACAACAGCAUUACUAUGACCAAAGUCCUCCACCUCGCCAACAAACCUAUAGCCCAGACUAUCCAACCUACGGCAACACUCCCACCAUGCCUAUUCCUCAACCUACACCAUCCCCCACAUUUGGACAAGCACCUCAUGCCUCUCCCAACGCCUACGAUACAAACCCACCUCAACCCACAUAUUACCAUUAGUGCUUAAAACAUACCAACCUCCAUAUUCAAUUGAAUAAGAUAGAUGAUUUUGUAUAGGGUCGAAUACCUCUUUAUCCUUGUUUUGUAGGAUCAAUACCUAGCUCUUCUUUUUUCCCUCACCGUAAUCCAAAAUAUUUUUUUUUCCUCAUUUUUCAAACAAUCAGCAGCCCGCAUUUCU